CAGGAUGAUAGCAUUACUUUUAAUGUAAAACUUUCUAGUGCUAAAACCCUUUACUACUACUACUAUUAUUAUUUUUCAUGGGGACUUGGCGUGCCCUCGCAAACGUCUGAGCAGUGAGAAAGAGCGACGGCAGGAAAGCUAGCCUUGGAUCAUUCUUAUUAAUAUUAAAUAGCCAAGUCUGUACCCUUGAAACACUUAGGAGAGAGCCGCUGACAUUGACAAUGAUUCCAAAGAGGAGUUGCACUAGCUCUGUCCACCACGUUGCCUCUGCUCCUGCCUGGUCUUCUGGGAACUGUAGUUAUCCAGGCAGCGGCUACCGGGGUGAGAUGGAACUGCCCCGCUUGGACUGAACUACAGAUCCCAGGCUGCAUUCUGUGCCGGCCCCUCCUGCCCGGGUGCGAGUGUAAACUCACCGCGCUGGGGCGGGCAGCCCCGCGCAGUGGACCAGCGGGUUGAGCCCUGCACUGCGCGGGGGCGCCCUGUUCGGGGGGCGGGUAACCAAGGGCCGGGCCACCUUCAGUCCACCAGCGGGCUCAGCUCUCACUUUCGAGUAGUGGAAGGGCUGGAAACAGGAGCCAUGCAGUCAGAAUCGGGGAUCGUGCCGGAUUUCGAAGUCGGGGAGGAGUUUCACGAAGAGCCCAAAACCUAUUACGAACUCAAAAGUCAACCCCUGAAGAGCAGUUCCGAGGAGCAUCCUGGGGCCUCCAAGCCUCCGAUAAGCUCCUCCAGUAUGACAUCACGCAUCUUGCUACGCCAGCAACUCAUGCGUGAGCAGAUGCAGGAACAGGAGCGCAGGGAGCAGCAGCAGAAGCUGCAGGCGGCCCAGUUCAUGCAACAGAGAGUGCCCGUGAGUCAGACACCAGCUAUAAACGUCAGUGUGCCCACCACCCUUCCCUCUGCCACCCAGGUGCCCAUGGAAGUCCUUAAGGUGCAGACCCACCUUGAAAAUCCAACCAAGUACCACAUACAGCAAGCCCAAAGGCAGCAGGUAAAGCAGUACCUUUCUACCACUUUAGCAAAUAAACAUGCCAACCAAGUCCUGAGCUUGCCAUGUCCAAACCAGCCUGGCGAUCAUGUCAUGCCACCAGUGCCGGGGAGCAGCGCACCCAACAGCCCCAUGGCUAUGCUUACACUUAACUCCAACUGUGAAAAAGAGGGAUUUUAUAAGUUUGAAGAACAAAACCGGGUGGAAAGUGAAUGCCCAAAUAUGAACACACAUUCGCGCGCAUCAUGCAUGCAGAUGGAUGAUGUAAUUGAUGACAUCAUUAGCCUAGAAUCAAGUUAUAAUGAAGAAAUCCUGGGCUUGAUGGAUCCUGCUUUGCAGAUGGCAAAUACGUUACCUGUUUCUGGAAACUUGAUUGACAUCUAUAGUAACCAAGGCCUGCCUCCCCAAGGCCUCACCAUCAGUAACUCCUGUCCAGCCAACCUUCCCAACAUCAAAAGGGAGCUCACAGAGUCUGAAGCAAGAGCAUUGGCUAAAGAGCGGCAAAAAAAGGACAAUCACAACUUGAUUGAACGAAGAAGAAGAUUUAACAUAAAUGACCGCAUUAAAGAACUAGGUACUUUGAUUCCCAAGUCAAAUGAUCCAGACAUGCGCUGGAACAAGGGGACCAUUCUAAAAGCAUCUGUGGACUAUAUUCGAAAGUUGCAACGAGAACAACAACGUGCAAAAGAACUUGAAAACCGACAAAAGAAACUGGAACAUGCCAACAGACACCUGUUGCUCAGAAUCCAGGAACUUGAAAUGCAGGCCCGAGCACAUGGACUAUCCCUGAUUCCAUCCACUGGCCUCUGCUCUCCAGAUCUGGUAAACCGGAUCAUCAAGCAAGAACCCACUCUUGAGAACUGCAACCAAGACCUCCUUCAGCAUCACGCAGAUUUAACUUGUACAACUACCUUAGAUCUCACAGAUGGCACUAUCACCUUCAACAACAGUCUUGGAACUGGGACUGAAAACAACCAAGUGUAUAGUGUCCCCACCAAAAUAGGAUCCAAACUGGAAGACAUCCUGAUGGAUGAUACUCUUUCUCCCGUUGGCUUAACUGAUCCACUUCUUUCUUCAGUGUCCCCUGGAGCUUCCAAAACAAGCAGCCGAAGGAGCAGUAUGAGCAUGGAAGAAACUGAGCAUGCUUGUUAGCAAACCCUCCCUGCUCGCACCCUCACAGACUGCUUCCUUUUCUUGAUUAGUAGAUUCAAUAAUUUACCUGAAGGGGUUUUCUUGAUAAUUUUCCUUUAAUAUGAAUUUUUUUCAUGCUUUAUCAAUAUCCCAGGAUAUAUUUUAUUUUUAGAAUUUUUGUGAAACAGACUUGUAUAUUCUAUUUUACAACUACAUAUGCCUCCAAAGUAUUGUACAAUAACUGUACAGUAUCUGUGAACUGAACUCAUCCCAGAUGUUAGCCUUCUGAGCAAGAGGAUUCUGCAUCAGAGAAAUGCCUGUUCCUUUUUAUUCAGGGGAAACUUGGUGUGAGAUUUUUACACUUGUGACUUCCGUAGCAAUUAAAUGUAAAGAUAAUUGAAAGAAUGUAAAGCAACAUAAAAAAAAAAGGCAGGGGGAGGAGAGACAGAACAAAAAAGAAGAAGUCCAUAUAAAACUUUUCCACUUUGUAAAUGUAUUGAUUCAUUGGUACUGCCUUAAAUAUACAGUACCUGUCUAGCAUCAUUUAGUCUUUAUACUGCAAACUAUUUAAAGAAAUACUGUAUUCAGUUAAAGGAAAAAAAAGUACAACUAUUUCCAUGAGGGCCGCCUGGUUAGAAAAUGUAACUGAUCCCUUAUUUAGGUGCAACUAAAUUUAAAGGAAGACAAACCAAGGCUCUGAAACUCAGAGUCUAUUCUUACUUUUUUCACUCUGUGCUCUGUUACAGUUUUCCUCAUCAAUGAGUGUGAUUCACAUCUACAUAAGAUAUAUUUUACUUUGAAAAUGGAAAUUAAUGUCCUCUCAAAGUAAAAUAUUCAAGAGCACUGAAAGAUUUUUUUUCCCAUUUUAACUUUUGAUAAGACGACCAGACUACGCAACUUUUUAAUUGGCUUUACUAUUUUUAUUUUUAAAUUAUAUUUUACUGUUCAUUUGAUUUGUACAGCUUCUUGUCAUCAUUCUUUUCAAUGUGUUUGUAUUAAUUUGUAAGGAUAUGCAUCUUAAAAUGGCAAGUUUUCUGUAUUUUUACAAUUCACUGGUGGUUUUCAGCAUCCUUUGUACACUCAUGAAAGAAAAUUUUUAUGCAAGGUCUUGUGUUUAGAGAGAGCUUUGCAAAUAUUUUGUAUAUUACAGUCACACUCAGAACUUUUUUGACACACGUAAGGUAUAGUCUUAAUAGGUUAAAACCAGCUUUCUAGGGAGAAUAAACUUAUAUAUUUAUUUUUAGUGAUUAUAAAAAUAGCAAUAUUCUUGGAGACUGAUAACCAUAGCGUUAACAUGCUCAACAUGGCCAUUUAAAUUGGGGUUUAUUUCCGCAAACUUGCUGAAUUUUUUUAAAGAGAGAAAUACUAUAUUGGCAAAUUACUGUUACUUGAUAACAAUGUUUUAACAAGCAGCAAUGUUGUAAAGUUAGUUUCAGUGCAUUAUCUCCUUGUGUAGUCCUAUGCAAUAACAGUAGUGUUACAUGUAUUCUAUCAGGCCUAGAUGUUUUAUACAGAUGACAUAUGGUGUUAAGAACCAGGCUGCUGAAUGGAAUUUCUCAGUAGCAGCCUACAGUUGAAUAGCAAGUGGCAUACAGCAUAUCCAUUCAGAAUGAAGUGCCUUAAAUAUAGCAGUAGUCUUUUUUUGGACUAGCACUGACUGAACUGUAAUGUAGGAGAAAGUUUCAAGAUGAUAUCUAUAGUCAUGAUGAACAUAUAGCAUGGUGCCUAUGUAGACAAUAUAAGAGCUUCCAAUUUUUCCUUCAGAUUUUUUAAUAUUAAAUAUAUUUUAGUGACAGAGUGCCAACUUCUUUUAUCAGGAAAUCUUAUUCAGGAGGGUUUAAAGAAAAAGAAAUGAGUUUAAAUGUUAAAAUGUGUCUUGGUGAUGGUUGUUGGAGGGUUCUGGUAGAAGGAGUGAUUGUCAGAUGUCUGAAUGGAUGGCUUAACAUGAAAAUAAUCAGCUGCAGAGUUUCCAUGCACAUGGGGCAAUGAGAAUCCUUGGAACCAUUGAUGAUGCUAUCAAUUUUAUAGCUUUAUUACUUAAGGGAGUAGGGAAAGUUAGUUCCCAUUCUUUCAACUCCCUUAAUUGUAUAGCUCUUUUCCUAGAAUAGUGAUGCAAAACUGCAUGAACAGCUAACUGUACCAUAGUGUUCAUUGAUACAAUCAUAGCAUUGUCUGCUUUUCUCUUCAUAUUUAUAUGGGGGGAGGGGAGCUAGGUGCAAACAUCAAAGACUAUGACUGUAAAUGUUUCUUUUCCUUAGGUGAGUUUGAGGGUUCUUCAUAAUAGAGCAAGGUUGACUUACUGGUCCACAGAAUUUGACCAGUGGUAAGCAGCUUAUAGAAAACUUUGUUGAGGGAAAGCAUGGCAUCUCAUACCACUGCCCUGCCUUGCAACUCCUGAGAACUCUGUCACCUGCGUCCCCACCUCCUCCCUCCUGAGACAAUUUCUGGGAGUAGCAGGUGAGCAAGUCAGGAGAAUACUGCAACCUCAGGGGGUGGUUUUAUUUAUUUCUUUUUUGCCAAAUAGAGUGUGGAUUUGCUUUAGGGACUAGUUAAGCCAAGGGGCAGUGGUUGAGGCUUGCCAUUUGUAACAAGAGAAUGAUCCACACUUUGUACCCACCUUUACCCCUUCCACCCCACACACACCAUCCCCGAGUACAGAAUUAUGACUUGGGGUUGGGCCUCCAUAUGGAGGGACCAAAAUGCCAAACUUGUCCACUUGCCUCUGGGUAAGGCAAUGGAAAUACCAAACCUUCUGACUUUGCCAAAAACCAUACAACCAACCUGGUCACACAGAGAUGAAAAAGUUCUUUAUGGUUGUUUUUAAAUCAAAAUAAAAGCAAUAAGAAUAAAUAAAGUACAUAGGAAGAUAAAAGUUAUAAAGCACAAAGGAAUGCACUUAUUAAUAUUUUUAAUGCACUGGGGAAACACUGAUGUUGACAACAGUAUAUAAAAACCCUAUUUCUUGAAAAAAAAAGAAAAAGACAAUUGACUGUCUCUUGCGGACGCUUGGUACUGUAAUGUUAAUAGUUACCUGCUGUUGGAUGCAGCAAUAAUUUCUGUAUGAUCCAUAGCACUGUAUAUUAUGGAUCAAUAUUAAUGUAUUCAAUGAAAUAAUUGAACUGUUGUUCUUGAUAGCCUCAUUAAAGCAUUUGGUUUUUCACAUA